AUGGGUGUAGGAAUUGCAAAAGGAGACGCGUCAGGGCGCGGCGAGGAAUGUGACUAUCAGAACUACCCGGACGGCUCGGAACCCGCCUCGCAUUCGCCAGAGCCUCCAUCAAGUCUGUCAAACGCUGUAGAAUGUUGGUCGAACCCGUCUCCGCCGCUGAGUCAAACUGCGGAGCCUGUCCAGCUCUUGUCGAGCUUUGUGACAACAACCGCGGCUACCUUGGCCUGGUUCGACGACACCCGGUGGACCUGGGAGAUCGAGGUCCCCGGCCACGCGGAGAAUAACGGCUUCCUGCGCCACGCAAUCCUGGCGACGUCGGCUCUGCAUAUCUGCUUUCUCCAACCACCCAACCCGAGCGAGUAUCACCUCGCGGCAUACCAAAACUGUCGAGAAGCCACGCACCUCUUCCGAUCCACCGUGACCAAAAUCACCAGGGAGAACUGCAUCGCAGUCUUGGCAUUCUCCUUGCUGAUAUCCGUGUUCCAGCUUGGUUGUAUGGCGACCAUACCUGCCGACAGGGCUCCAGAAGAGGCAUCUGCUCAGCUUGUCCAUGCACUGUCGGCCUUGCGCGGCGCGUGGUCUUUGAUCGGACAACUACAUUCUCACCUCGCCGAAAGCCCCGUCAGUGGCCUUUUCUCCCAGCGCCGACGCUUCCAGUUUACGCCGCUGGACGAGAACCACCGGCAAGCACUCGCGCGGCUCGAGUCCCUGAACAGUGCAUCCGAAGAUCCUGGCGAGGUCCGCGCUCUCCGCACUCAGGCAAUCCGCCUUCUUGGCAGCUGGCUUUCCGUCACGUCGGGCCAGCCAGCGACCUGGCUACACCUGGUCUUUUGGCCGUCCGCGCUGCCGGAAGGCUACAUCUCGCUGCUGAAACAGAACGACCCUGUCUCUCUGGUGAUAUUCUGCCAUUGGUCCGUCGGCCUCGGCCGUGGCUCCCCGAAAUGGUUUCUGGCCGGAUGGGCGCAGCAGACUUUGGAUCUGGCCAGGCGCUUGCUCGGAGCCGAGUGGCAUGGCGCGCUUGAAUGGCCGACAAAAGCGAGAUAG